GUGUGUGUUUAUUUUAUCAUCAUCAUCAACAGAUCUGAUCGCCUACUAAGUCGUCUCUUCUCUCUCAAUACCAAAAAAAAUAACAAUGGCUGAGGCAACACCAGCUUUGAGGAAGCCUGUGUUCACCAAGGUUAAUGAGCUGAGACCAGGAACCAAUGGUCACUCACUUAACGUGAAAGUUGUCAGCACCAAGAUGGUGAUGCUGAGAGGUGGAGGUGGAGGAGGUCGUCCCACUGGUCCUCAGUCUCGUCAGAUGCGUAUUGCUGAAUGUCUUGUUGGUGAUGAGACAGGAAUCAUCAUCUUUACUGCCAGAAACGAUCAAGUGGAUUUGAUGAAAGAAGGCAAGAUAGUGACCCUACGCAACGCUAAGAUAGACAUGUACAAGGGAUCUAUGAGGCUUGCAGUUGAUAGAUGGGGACGCAUUGAAGUCGCUGAGGAGCCCACAGACAUCAACGUCAAAGAAGAUAACAAUCUUUCCCUCAUAGAGUAUGAGCUUGUGAACGUUGAAGCUUGAUCGUGUUCUCAGCCACUGAAAGAAAGCAGAGUUACUCAAAAAGAUCCAUUCUCUAGUUGUAGAAGCAAUAGCAUCUCCUUCUAUAUCUCUCUCUCUAUCUGCUUUGAGUUUUUGGAUUAUCAGAAUUUGCAGGUGGGUUUGUUACUGGUUUGAGUCUCUUUAUGUAUUAUCUGGCUUCCCUCCCUGAUUUUACCCUUCUCGUUAUGAAUAUUAGGUUGUUGGAUCAUUCUCUUGUUCUAGUUUUGGUUUCUCUUUGUGCUGUCUUUAGACGCUAUAGAAAAUAAACUUUUGAAGACAUAUAUGUAACGACGAGAACAAUAAGUUUAUCUUAUUCCUACCAAUGAAGGCAUACAACGAGACAACAGUUCUAAUUGUUUGUAUAAUGACAUCCUAUAACAUGCGUCAAAUAUAUUGUUUAAUGACAUCAUUUAGUAUUCG